AUGACGGACAACUCCACAGGCAAGUGCAACGCCUUCAGGACAUUGUGGCAACCAGCGUCUGGCAAAAUGCAGCAAUGCAACAAACACCGACGCAAGUAUGGGCACACAAACACCAGCUCACAGAAUACCAGGUCUGGGUGGUCUAUCGCGUGGCAGUUAGGCAACUCAACUUAUACCACGAAGGAUGUCGGCAAGAUAAUAGCUGCCGAAAGACACUGGAGUGCCGUGAACACAAAGAGACGGUGGAACAUCUCUUCUGGGAGUGUUCAUGCGCGCAAGCCUGCUGGAGCAAAUUAA